CAGAGCGCGCGGACCGCGGCCGGAGACGCCCUCGCUCCGCAGGGUCUGGGCGCGAUGUGGUGGCUGCUCCUCUGGGGAGUCCUCCAGGCUUGCCCCACCCGGGGCUCCGACCUCUUGGCCCAGCAGCUACCCCAGCAGCUGACUUCUCCUGGGUACCCAGAGCCGUAUCACAAGGGCCAAGAGAACACCGCGGACAUCCAGGCUCCAGAGGGCUUUGCUGUGAGGCUCGUCUUCCAGGACUUCGACCUGGAGCCGUCCCAGGACUGUGCAGGGGACUCUGUCACAAUCUCAGCCAGCGGGUCGGAUCCAAGCCAGUUCUGUGGUCAGCAGGGCUCACCUCUGGGCAGGCCCCCUGGUCAGAGGGAGUUUGUAUCCUCAGGGAGGAGUUUGCGGCUGACCUUCCGCACACAGCCUUCCAUGGAGAACAAGACUGCCCACCUCCACAAGGGCUUCCUGGCCCUCUACCAAGCUGUGGCUUCGAACUGCAGUCAGCCCAUCAGCCAGGCCAGCAGGAGUUCUGAAGCCAUCAACACACCUGGAGACAACCCCGCCAAGGUCCAGAACCACUGCCAGGAGCCCUAUUACCAGACCACGGCAGCAGGGGCACUCAGCAACACCACCCCAGGGACCCGGAAGGACACACAGGAUGGGGAGGAGGUUCUUCAGUGUAUGCCUGUCUGUGGACGGCCAGUCACCCCCAUUGACCAGAAUCAGACAACCCUCGGUUCUUCCAGAGCUAAGCUGGGCAACUUUCCCUGGCAAGCGUUCACCAGUAUCCAUGGCCGUGGGGGCGGCGCCCUACUGGGCGACAGAUGGAUCCUCACUGCUGCCCACACCAUCUACCCCAAGGACAGUGCUUCUCCCAGGAAGAACCGGAGUGUGAAUGUGUUCCUGGGCCACACAUCCAUAGAUGAGAUGCUGAAACUGGGGAACCACCCUGUGCACCGUGUCAUUGUGCACCCCGACUACCAUCACAACGAGUCCCACAACUUCAACGGGGACAUCGCCCUCCUGGAGCUGCAGCACAGCGUCCCGCUGGGCCCCAACGUCCUCCCGGUCUGCCUGCCUGACAAGGAGACCCUCUACCACAGCGGCGUGUCGGGCUACGUCAGUGGGUUUGGCAUGGAGAUGGGCUGGCUAACUACUGAGCUGAAAUACUCAAGGCUGCCUGUAGCUCCCAGGGAGACCUGCAAGGCCUGGCUCCAAAAGAGACAGAGGCCCGAGGUGUUUUCUGACAGUAUGUUCUGUGUUGGGGACGAGACGCAGAGGCACAGUGUCUGUCAGGGGGACAGUGGUAGCGUCUAUGUGGUAUGGGACGAUCGUGCCCAUCACUGGGUAGCCACGGGCAUUGUGUCCUGGGGCAUAGGGUGUGGCAAGGGGUACGACUUCUACACCAAAGUGCUCAGCUAUGUGGACUGGAUCAAGGGGGUGAUGAAUGGCAAGAACUGACCGUGGUGCACUUGAGCAGGGACGGGCCAGCACAGCGGAGGCCUCAGUCAAGAGAGGGCCAGGAGUGAGGACUGAACCCUGCGGCAGGGGCCGGAAGUGGUGGGAGGCAGGGAAAUCCUAUUCACAUCACUGAUGCAGCAAGCCCCAGUGCAAGAGAAACCCCCACCCUGCAAGCCUGCACCAUCCGGACAGGAAGCACGGUCCCACAGACCGCUGCUCCUCACCCGCUACCUCCCUGUCCGCUCGCACUAUGCCCACGGAAGCCCUGUGCGUCUCAGCAACUUUCACCUUGAAUGUCCUUGGCAUCCCCUUCCUCUUCUUCAUCUGUUGACACAGCUUUUAUACUCACCUCUGGAAGAGUCACCGUCUCACCCGCUGAGUAUGGAGAAAGGGGUUUUCAUUGCAUUUUAUUUCUGAAACAUUCCUGAGACCCUUUAGCUGACCUUCACAUAGUCAAGCUGUUGGCUUCACCACCUUCCACAGCUCCAAGAUGCAAUUACAGAAAUAGUUCCUUUUUAAAUUUUAUGUCCUCUGUAUGCCAGAUGCUUCACCUGCUAUUUCACAUAAUCCUCAUACCAUAUUGGCAAAGGAUGGGUUAUCAGCCAUGCUUGACAAAAGAGGAAACUGAGCCUCUGGGGAUAAAGGGACUUUCCUGGGUCCCACAGCUGGUGUGUGACUGCAGAGGCUGCUCUUCCCAGUGUGCCGCGAUACUUAGCUCUCCUCAGAUCUGCUGUGCCACCCGCUCUGCCUCCCAGUCCCCACAUCCUUACCAUUGUCCCUCCCUGGGAAUUCCUGCUUCUGUAAAAAUGGCAUCCUCUGGCUCACCCUUUCCUGCUAGCCCCAUCUCCUGCAGAAGCCACAUGAGCCCAGCACUGGACUGAAGUUCCUGCGGACACCCCAUCUGUGCCCCCAUCAUCAAGAGAACUGUUCCACCUGAGAGGACCAACUCUUUCAUUUUUAGUACACAUCGGAGGUGAUGGGCCGGGCGCGGUGGCUCACGCCUGUAAUCCCAGCACUUUGGGAGGCCAAAGCGGGCGGAUCACAAGGUCAUGAGAUCAACACCAUCCUGGCCAACAUGGUGAAACCCUGUAUCUAUUAAAAAUACAAAAAUUAGCUGGGCAUGGUAGUGUGCACCUGUAGUUUCAGCUACUCAGGAGGCUGAGGCAGGAGAAUGGCUUGAACUCAGGAGGCGGAGGUUGCAGUGAGCUAAGAUGGUACCACUGCACUCCAGCCUGGUGACAGAGCAAGACUCCAUCUAAAAAAAAAAAAAAAAAAAAAAAAAAAAAAAAUAUUGGAGGUGAUUUAAAGUGAAAGACACAAAUAAAAUACAACUGUUCAAUGGACAUAGAAAAUAAAUACCAUAAAAGAGAGAAGAGAGAUAAUUUGUUAGCAUCAAGAGUCAAGUUGCUGUAUGGUCACAGGUUAAAUUUAUCUCUUAAAAAAAAUAGCAGGAUUCAAGGUUGUAGCUACAUGUGGUUACUUGUGUGUUUUACACCUAAACACAGUACAAAAGAUUAUUAAAAAUAUUCCCAAAAGGUGGGUACAGUGAUGCACACCUAUAGUCCCAACCACUCAGGAGGCCGAUGCAGGAGGAUCAUUUGAGCCCAGGAGCUCAAGGCCAGCCUAAGCAACAUAGUGAAACCCCAUCUCCAAAAAUAUAAUAAUACUGUCAAAAUACUCAACAGAGGUAGUUUUAGUUGAUAAGAUUUUGGCCGUUUGGUUUUCCACUAUUCUCUAUUUGCUAAAUUUUGUUUAAUGAGCAUGAAACAUUCUUAUUCUAUUUUACUUAUUUUUAUGAUUGAAAAAAUGAUGAGUUUCUCCUUGCCAAGGCAAUAUAUAUAUAUAUAUAUAUAUA